AUGAUGCGGAGAAGUCAUCGAAAAUCCCGAAAGGGGUGCCUCGAAUGCAAGAGACGGCACAUCAAGUGCGACGAAACACGGCCGCGAUGCAUCAACUGCCAGACCGUUGAGAGGGAAUGUUCCUACCCCAUUCUACCCGGCACCAGCACCGGCAGCGAUGACCUAUCCCGGUCCCCAGCCGACUCCCUCUCUGUAGCCGCAACCCCACCCUCCUCCGCCGCCGGAUCCGCCUCGGCUUCAGUAGCAUCCUUCUCCAGCUACGGUGGCUCCACCGCCACCACUCCCGUCCCGGCUCCCGGCCCCGAACUCGGACCUGGACCCGGACCCGGACCCUUCAUGCCGGACGUUGCACCCUUCCCCAUCCCCAAUCAAGACUCGGAAUCGCCCAAUGUCAACAUGGUGCACAUGGAGCUCCUCUACCACUACACCACCGACAUCUUCAUCACCUUUCCUCCGCUCGGCGACACCGUCCGCUCGCUAACCAUGCACCACGCCCUCCGCGAGCCAUACCUGAUGUACCAAAUCCUUGCCCUCUCGGCCCGGCACCUUUCGGUCUUGCGCCCGCACCGCGAAGCCUUUUACCACCACCACGCCAUCCAGCUGCAGACGCACGCCCUGACGUUAUUCAACAGCAUCGACAUGUCCCAUUUCGACACGUGCCCCAUCGAGAACCGCGUCCCUCUGUUUCUGUUCUCUUCUGUCCUCGGCUUCCACGCCCUCUGCGACACGCUGUCCUACCGAGACGCCGAGUUCCCUGCCACGCUUACGCGGUUCGUGGGCUACCUGCACCUGCACCGCGGGAUAUACGGGGUGCUGGAGGGACACAUGGACGAGAUGAAGCAGAGCGCGCUGAAGCCCAUUAUCGAGGUCGGGAUACGCAUGUAUGAUAUGCGCGGGACGGGGCCCGAGUGCGAUGAUAUUUUGCGGAGGCUGGGGGAGAGGUUUUCUUCUUCUCCUGCAGAUGAUGAUGCUGGUGAUGAUGGUGAUGAUGAGGAUGAGGAUAAGGAUAAGAAGCAGGAGAGGAUGGACGGGCUGAGACAGGCGGUGCAGCACCUGCAGGUCAUCUUUGAUGCCAUGCCCAGUCCGGCUAGACAGGUGCAGAUGUUGUUGGCGUGGGGCACCAUGUUGAGGAAGCCCGUCAUGGACAUGUUGGAGGAAGGAAAGCCGGAGGUGUUGGCGGUUUUGGCGUACUACUUUGUUUGUCUGCAUCUGUGUAGGAAGGUGUGGAUAUCGGGUGAUUCGGGCAAGUUCUUGCUGGAGAGUUUGGUGAGGUAUAUGAGUUGUUUGGGGCCGGAGUGGGAGGAGUGGAUGGAGACGCCGUGUAGGCUGUUGAGAGAGGCGGAUGAGAUGGAGGCCAGGCUGCAGGCAGGAGCAGGAGCAGGAGCAGGAGGGAGUGGUGGUGGUGGUGGUGGUGGUGGUGGUGAGUUUGGGAUUGGGAUAGGGGGAGGAAGUCACGAACAGCAACAGCAGUACCAGCAGUUACGAUAA